CACAGGGCACCCAUGUAGCUCACCGGGUAGAGAGUGUACUCUUCCCUGAGUCCUUACCACAGCAUUCUGUAGCCUUUCCUGUCUCUAUCUACAGUUGUCACAGUUUUACAGCUGUGCAGUAAAGGCAAAAAAAAUCUAAAAGCUAAGCCGUGAACUUUGACAAAGUGAUUAAUAAUUAAGCUUCAGGUUGACUGCACAGAUUCACAUACCUCUGUUGAGUUUACCAGCAGGAUCACCUAACUCUGUUACACAGCCAGAAGAACUUAUACAUAGGAGAAGCACUGGAUGACAGAGUAUCUGUAAGAAGUCAACACAAUCUGGAAGAUUGGAGUCAAUAUGUCUUCCAGUCUCACUGCAGGCAGCAGCUCCCCUGGGUUCACCACAGCAGCUCCUUCCAGCACAGGUCUAAGUUUGGAUGCUGCUGACAUCGCCGUUGUUGUCAUCUACUUUGUCUUUGUCAUGGUGGUUGGGAUCUGGUCAUCAGUGAGAGCCAAUCGCAGCACUGUGGGGGGGUACUUCUUGGCUGGCCGUUCAAUGACCUGGUGGCCUGUGAGUACCUACCCUCUGACUGAUGUCCAUGAUGUGUUGUUUUCAAUUUCAUGUUAAUGUGCUUUU